GCUGGGCUUCCUGUGUAUCAUUCGUCAGGAAGUAAGUUGCUUUGGAAACGAGCCUCAACAAGUUAUAGGGACUUUAUCGAGUUUUUUAACCAAAACAUCUUCCCGCUUUGUACAUUUUAGCAUUGUAACACGACAAUGGACAUUUCAGCAAUUAUUUCUGGUAUUUGUAUACCAUUUUCCUAAAAUUUUGACAAGCUUUUUCUUAUUUUCGCGCCAAAAUGGCUACUGCCCAAGAUGGCGAACACGAACGCGGAACCGGACAGUCCUCCAGUUCAGAUCUACAAAUUCCACCGAGAUAUUCAGCACUAUAUGAAGCGGCAGAGAAAGGUGAUGUGCAAGAAAUAAGCCGGYUACUUUUGCAUAAAAUGGUAGAUGUUAACGGUCGAAGUGGCGAACACGGGGCUCUACGAACGGCUCUUCACGGGGCUGCCGGCUAUGGGCACUGGAAGGCAACAAAGGCGCUCUUGAUGGCAGGUGCAGACCCUGAUUCUCGUAGUGACUUGGGCAGAACACCACUCCAUGAAGCCUGCGCUGGAGGUCAUUCCAGUGUCGUACGWGAACUACUACCUUUCAUAUCCAGUGCCGAUUCUUUGGACAGCCAUAAGCAGACAGCAGCUCAUGUUGCAGCAUUUCAUGGUGAGGUGGACUGUUUGAGACUGCUGAUUGGCCACRGCAGUGAUAUGGGGAUUGAAGACAAAGAUGGCUGUACUGUGGCACAUUURGCAGCAAUGAGAAAUCAUCCUGAUGUUAUAAGGUGCCUUUUUGAAGAGGAUGCUAACCUCAACUGCCUUGACAAACACAACCRGACGCCUGCCCACUAUGCAGCCAUGAGCAACGGUAUCAAAGUAUUAAAAGUCCUAGCACACAAUGAUAUGGAUGUUAAUAGCAAGGAUGCAGACGGCUGYGUACCUGCGCACUUAGCCGCUUUCCAUAAUAGUUUGGCAUGCCUCCAGUUUCUCAUCACGUCUGGACUGACAAAGAACGAGGCACAUGAUCGCACAGGAAGAACACUACUGCACUUGGCAUCUAUAAGUGGUGCUACAGAAUGCUUGCAUUGGCUAUUGGAACACAGAGUUAACCCUUAUGCUAGAGAUGGUUCGGCAAACAGUCCAUUACAUUACGCUGCCAAAGGAGGGCAUGCUCAAUGUAUUAGCUGUCUACUUCUUCAUAAGGCAGACAUGGACGCACAGACACCUCAAGGGCUAACUCCCCUUGACUAUGCUAAGAAAGCUGGAAAAGCAGUGCCAUUUGAAAAAGCAGUAAGCAAAGAGAUCCGUUGCUCCAUGUGUGUUGCUAAGCAACAACAGAUAGAAUACGAUUUGGCUCACCAGCCCACCCCAGUGGAGAAGAGUAUUGCUGAAAGUGAGUCAGUCAUAUUCAACUCACCUAAGAAUCUUGACACAGAAGAAUCACUUACAAGUCAUCCAUCAACAGCAAGGCCAAGGUCAUCAAAAACAAAGCAAUCACCCAAAAGACCAACAGACAAACCGCCUGUCAAUCAAGGUGCCGCAGAGCUUCCCAAGCGUGACUUGGCCACAAAGUACUUUGGAGAAUAUCUGUUUUCUUUGCCUGAGGUUUUGAAGAGUUCUUCACGAGGAUCUAGUAGAAGUUAAGACUGCAUAUCUGUUAGUAUAGGUAGGUCAAUACAAAGGGGUAGCAUUCAGGAUUAUUAUAUGGAGUUUUGAAGAGCAAAUCUGUCCCAUGAAUCUCGUAGAAGAUAAGACUUUCUUAGGGAUGCAGUAGGUCCACAAAGUCUUCCUUCCCUUGAGGGCUGCCAGGGGAGAUUGCUAGUGCUCUUGCAUGUACUUUACAAGAAAAAUAUUUUAACUAUUUGUACAUUGUUGCCCUAUAAACUAAGAAUUUGUAUGAGAAGAAAUAGUAUUUUUCAUACAGUAGCAUUCAAGUCAUUUUGCUUUCAAAMUUGCAUCUUUUGGGRCAAACUCCKUGUUGUCCUUUAAGCUAAAGAAUUGCGGGUGAAAUAAGUUCUGYAGUGUAAUYGUGGCAUUUCAAAUUUUAGAGAUAUUGUAUCUACAAAAUCGUUUAUAAGCAACACAUUUAUUUCUACACUUAAUAAAUAUAAGAAAACAGUUGAA